AUGUUGUUAUGCGUGACACGAUGGUCGGCUUUAUUCUCAGCCGUGGCAGAAAGCACCACCGAUUCGAUGCCAGUUUUCGUCAGUAAGCCUGGUAAAGUUAGCGUCUUAGAAGGUGCUCACGCCGAGCUUCCUUGUGACGUAGAGAAUUUGGGAGAAUAUACAGUGACGUGGUUCAAGGUAAACGACAAAGAGAAGACGUUAUUGUUCGCCGACAAAAAUCGCAUGGUCAACGACGAUCGCUUCGAGGUGCUACAGGACGACUGGCACCUGCACAUCUAUCAGACAGAAGCGUACGACUCAGCCAUGUACAGAUUUCCACCGGCAGUUUAUCUCGUACCUGACAAAACCCUGUACACCGUUAUGCCUGGCGGCCGAGUGCAGCUGACGUGCUUCGCCACCGGAAACCCGCCGCCGAAGAUCAAAUGGACAAAGAAGGACGGUGUGCUACCGGACAGCACCGAACAUAUUACAGACGAGGUGAUAGCUUUCUCGGAGGUGUCAGAGAAGGAGACCGGCGUCUACCGGUGCACAGGCGAGAAUGGCGUGAAGGGACCGGCGUUCGCUGACGUAACCAUCGUGUUGCAGAGCACUCCUUCGGUUACAGCUCCUGUUCGUUUCAUACCAGUCCAAGAAGGACAGACAGUGAAUAUCACGUGCACGUAUAACGCCGUACCCGAGCCGGAAAUAACCUGGAUAUUCGACGGUUAUCCGAUCGAUCUUCAAUCAGAGAAGAUCAAGAACAGAAUGAAGGUGGUCGCUGAAGAGACGCAUAGCGGAGAAGGCCACGCCGUUACGUUGAUCAUCUAUGAUCUGUUACUAGAAGAUUUCGGCAACUACACGUGCAGAGCCAGGAAUAAACUCGGCCACAGUGAGCAGACGAUCGAAGUUACGGGCAAGCCGGGCACUCCGAUGAACUUGAAGGCGUCGGUCGACGAAAGCACGCCUGACGAAAUCAAGAUCCUCUGGACGAUCAGCAGCUUCAAACCUAUUCUCACGUACAAAAUAGCGUACAAGCGGAUGGAUGAAGAUGUGUUCAACGAACUGGAUGCAUCCCCGGAUAAGUUUGAAAGUAAGGACUUAGCUUAUUCAAAGUGCAGCGAUUUCGUAGGCACGCUUUAUUUAAGAGCAGGUACUGAUUUCAACGGUAGUGGAUCUCAAAACAUUACUCUGCAAAGCUGUGUCUGUAACAAGUUUCAUUACGUCAUCGACGUAAGUACGGCGUUAUAG